AUGUGCUGUCAAUCAUCUAUGUGCGAUGUGGCAUUUUUGGUGGGAAAGCGGUGUUAUUCUGUGUAUUGCCACAGUGAAUCUCAGUGUCUAUGGACGCCAUCUAAACACAACAAAUACAUGCUACAACUUUCUUACAUCCACAGUGCCCACCGUAUUUCAAACAGCGGUAAGUCUACUUUGAUGCCAUGCGCCGCGUAUUGUACACGAGAAUCGGAAACUCUAUGAGUAAUGAGUUCGAGUGAAACAGGCAUAUCAGUUCUCCAAGAAUUUUCAGUGUGAAGGAGUUUAAAAAUAGUGUAAUAGACAAAUAAGGAGCGCAUUUUGGGGGUAUUGUUACUUCCCUAGGAUGGGAUGUUAUACAGCAAUGUCAGUAUCUGACCAGCUGCGCACCUACCCCUCCCAAAACCAACACUUACUCUAAUUUGUUGUCAGUUUGCUGUUGUUGAGUUAGGGGAGGGAUAGGUGCGCAGUUAUCCAGAUACUGACAUUUAUCCGAUGUUAUUCCCUUGCAAGUUGCCCCCUUUCCCCCCCCCCCCUUCCCUCACGUAUUUCGUUCGGUUAGGUUUCCUUAACAGUCUGACACAUGUCAAUUAUACUGUGGCUGGAAAAGCGUGUGUUAAGAGUUUUCUCGGUGAAACCUUACAAAUUUUUUUGAUGUUAUUUAGGGCCGUCGCUGAAGGCGAGUCAUCCCACAGAGGUCUCCCUGAGAGUGGAAGCAGAUGCGAGACCUAUCAAGAAUGACAAGACUGAACGCGAACAAACAGCUGCCAUUGCAGCGUCCAACAGAACAGAGAAACACCGAAAGGUGUCAAUGGUACCUCUCAACAAAACAAAAACUAGAGGUGGUGAAGAAAAAAAAGUGUUGCCACCCAGUCAUUCCAAGAACUUGGCUGGUAAUACUGUGCGAGCAAUGCCACAUAGGUACGGAAAGGGUGGACGAAGUGAAACAAAAGCGGUUAAGGCUGCUAUAGGUGUGUCACACAUUGGAGAGAAAGCUGUGUCACGCAAAGCUCUCAAGGGAGGACACUCCUCGACAGCACGAGCUGCAAGGCCACGUGCCUCAACGUCACGAACUGCUAGGUCACGUUCGGUAAUGUCACGUGCUGAAAAGUCACCUACUGCCAGGUCACUUGCUGCAACGUUACCUGCUGCAACGUCACGUACUACAACGUCACGUGCGGUAAUGUCACGUGCUCUAAUGUCACUUGCUGUAGCAUCACAUACCGCAACGUCGCGUCACAAGAUCAGCACCAGAAAGACAAAAAGUGAUUUAAGAGCAGUACAAACUUCCAGUAUCAGCGGAGCUAGAAAAGAAUUGAAAGACAAGGGCUCAAAAAUUACCGCGUCAAGGAGACGCAAAUCCACGACUACUGUGGCGAGAAACGUAUCGUUUCCUCAUCCGUCGUCAAACCAAUCGACGUCAAAGGAACUUAUGAGGAGUCCAAACCCUAUGUUUGUGGGUAAACUUUCUGCGUCAGCAGCAACCACUCCUAGCACAUCUUAUUCUUUGAAGAAGUCAUCUCUUUCCAAAGUGAAGACAGAAGAUUUAAUCCAAGCCAGAUCACGAGCAGUGACCAUAACAAUGGAGCAGAAAGUUCCAACUCAACGAACUGCUCAAGGUAGGGGAACAGAACAUCUUAUUCUAUUAAAACAAGGAGAGUCGCCUUUUAGGCUGUCCACCUUUUUUUCUUUGUCUAAUUGAUAAGGUGUUCUCUUAAUUUCUUUGGCAGUAGAGUAAUUUUCGAUCGCGAAAACAAAUGAUGUCGAUGUAUCUACGAGAGAAAGGGCUACCCGUAAAAACAAGUUGUUGUUUUUGUUUGUUUGUUUGUUUUAAUUUCUCGAGGCGAUAUGAACCUUAAAGGUCAACUCUGCCUCGAGCACUCGGAUGUAACUUUGAAGGUUUUGCAAUUAGGCCGCAAAUUUGAUGAGCAACUCUAUUGAGUUAUACACCGGGUCGAUUUUGUCCGAAUUCGUUUGGUAAACUAUGAGAAGUAAUAAUCAGAAAUAAACUAAAAAAGAAAAAAAAAUGUGAGAUGUCGUCGUCGGCGGGGCAUCAAGCAGAUGUCACACGUUUUCGAACUUCUACUCGUAACUCGAGUCUUUCUCAACGCGAUAGCCAGUACUUGAGGGAAACAAAUUUUCUUCUUAGGAGAGUUCCAUAGCACUAGUGUCCGACAUGUACAGCUGUGUUCAAUUAGGAGGUCAUGUGGGGGUGACAUCACACGCAUGUGCAGUUCCUAGCUUUGUGAUCGAGGCUCUCAGAGAGAGCAACUAUUCUAAGUAAGUGACCUCAAACCUGUUCAUAGGUCAGAUAAUGGGUAGCUCUUACAAACAAAAUUAGGUCAAAGAUGAACGGGUAAGUCAUUUAUUAGCCUAAACUUCGAAUUAUUUUAGGCAAGUAAAACACAUGUACAGUUCAUGUGAUUUCAGGCGUAUCUGUUUUUAAUCUCGUUGCCAGGGUUCCUUGUUUUUAAAACUUUCCUGUUCGAACUCGCUUUUUAAAUUAUUUGGAAUUUUUUGUUCCUCUGUAAAACUUUUUAAGAGGCAAAUUCUCAUAUUUGUUUUCAACUUUACUUUUAAACUGGCGUUGACAGGCGAAGCUAGAUCAAUAUCAACAAACGAAAUCUUGGCCUUCAAAAUAUUUCGGACAGUACCACUUGAUCAUUAAUUUAGGGCGAUAGCAUGGUAUCCAUAUUACUUAUGAUGUAUAUGUAGUUAGAUUACAGAGUGUGCGAGAGGUGAAGGAAGUGAUAUCCAAAGGGUUUGGAGAUCUUAAAGAUGUAUUGUUUAGGUUUACUAAUAAUUUUAUUUGACAUUUUCGAGUUUUCUCCGCAGUAAAUGACGUUCUAUUUACAAAUAGAACCUUGCUUUGAUUUAAAUAGGAAACAGUUCUUCUCCAGGCAGAAGACCUUUUCUUUUACGCUUUUUUUGUUGGAAGAAUAUCCAGAGAAAAACUUUAAUGGAUGGGGAUUUUUAAAAACUACCCAAACCUGUUUCAAAGUCGAUAUAUUUUGUCGUUUUCUAACGCUUCUUUUGAUCUCAAAAUUCGAUGCCUCUUUAGGCGAUAAGAAAAAAAAAAAACAUUUCCAAUUUAUCGAUGAAAUGUCGUCGUUAUAGACUCUCUCAUUCUCAUAACCUAAAACUGAAGGAAUGUUUGGAGUUGAGCAAUGAGAAUUAAUAUUUCAAGCUUUACACGUAAGGAAAUAAUUCUUGAAAGACUCAGACGUCAACUCACCAGACACCUGCUCUGGGUAGUGAGCUAUUUAUCAGUCUUAUCUUUGCUUCAUUGGUCUGCAUCUGAAAUUACCACCAGUGUUAAUUGUUUGUCGAAGUCAACAUAAUCCCUUAGGUCAGAUACUAUGAAUGGAGCACCGGCCAUUAUUCAAAUAUUUUUGAAGGUAAAGGGGUAAGACGUGGUGAGAAGCGAAAAACUGUGGGUGUAAGUGGGUUGAUCUUGUGAGUGCUGAUGACUUUACGCGAGCAGAUGCAAGGUGACAUGAGAGAAUAUGCUUUGAAUGAAAGCGUCUGUUACGUCGGCCACAGUUACGGUUGAUUUUAUAUGGAAGCGUUCAUAAGUCUUGCUUAGAACUUGUCUCGGAGUUCCUGUCUCGCUUAGACUUCUCAUAAUUCAACAGAUCCGGCAGGUAACCUUUUAAGCUUUCUAGAUCGCUGUAAACACCGUAAGCAAUUUCGAAAUUGUAUCACAGGGGUGAAUUUCAGCCCAUGGCUUCGUUCAUAUUCCAAUUGAUGACCUAUUGCGUUAAUUUCGGGGGUUGAUUCUUUUCUUUUCUUUUUUGUUUUGUUUGGUAUUUUUUUCAAUAUUAUUAUCAUUGUUUUUCGAUCUCUAUCGGCUGUUUUAAGACGAAGGUAGGGUGUAGUUAUUUAUUUUAAGAAAUAUCGAUAUAUCAAGUUUCCAUCUUCUUCAAAAAUCAAGUUUUUGUUGUCCUACCUCGUUACUUUUACCCUGAUUUUGCUAAUGGUAUAUAUAAAGUUUCAUCUUUUUGCACUUGUGAAGAGCUGUGAAGAAGUAACUAAAUACUGUUCAUAUUGAAACAAAUUUCCAACCGCAAAGUAACUUUUAUCCUAUUUACAUCUCACAGCACACCGAACAAUAAAAUCUGGUUCAGGCUCACUCAGUCGUGAUACAAAGGAUGCUCGAGGAAGGAAGCAUUCUCCUCUUCCAACACCAUCUAAAGAGAGGACGCUGCGCUCGUCGGGAUCAUCUGAAACCCCAAAUUUAUUUUCAACGAUCACAAGUGCAUUCAACAACGCCAAUGCCACCAGCGAAGCAAUUCUGUCGACAUCGGUGUCUUCUAAGGACGUUGGAGAUGACACGUCAGAACUUUCGGGUCUGUAUCAUCUGAUAUCCUUUAAAGACAUAAAUAAGUCGGAGGAAAAUGUAAGUAAUUUCCCGACUCCCUCUAUAACCGUGUCUAGUCGUGAUGCGAAGAAUUCUCGUCACCGGGAUUUGGCAACGAUGCUGGCCGAGCUAGCAGGGAAGAGUUCUCGUCGUACCACGACGAGUAAUCCGGCGAGCAUUCUGGAAACAUCCUCAACAAUAAAGAUUACACCCAUGGAAAGCGCUCUCCCUGGGAUGGAAGGUAAGUAUCGUUAUUAAAUAGUUAAUUUUAUCGUAGUUGUAUGUCUUUUUGAGCGAGGAAUGGGUGACGGUGAGAUAACACUUAAUGUCUCGAAACUCCUUAGUGCUCAGUUAACUUAUGUUGCCACAGAUCUAGUUGACGUCAUAUUUCCAUUCUGCUGCGUUUCCUUUUUGGUUUUUUUUUUUUCGGUAUUGUUUGUUUAUUUAUUUCAAGGAUUUCCUGACUAAGGUUACACUCCCAUGUCUUGUUUGUUAUCUAAAUAACAUCUUCCAAAUCAAUGUUUUGAACCAUACAUCUCAUGACUCGACUACGAUGUUAUCAUUUGAGAAGGCCGGCUUUUUAAUUCGAAAUGGCUCAUCCGCGCUUUAAUUGGAGUUUAGUCCUUUUGGAAUGGUUAGUCCAAAAAAAAAAGUGGUAUCUCUAAUCUGUUAAGUUAAAGCCAAAAAUUCAGAAAUGAGAUCUUCUAACUGAAAUAAAACAAAUUUCCCCCAAAUUGCCUAUUUUCUAUUUUCCUAGUUUUCACAUUUUCCAAAUUUCUCUAUUUUCUCUCUUUCGAUUGACCCAACAGUUUUAAUAAAUCUGUUGGUUUACAGACCAUUUUAUUUUUAUUCUGCUAGUUGAGGAAAGCAUGGUGACGAGCAGGGAAACAACCCUUCCAGUCGACGUCGCAAAUCCCUCGUGCCAUUACGGUCACGUGUACUACAACUAUUCUUUACUGUAUGGCCGAAAGGCAGGAAAUUUCACUGAACAAGGAGAAGUGGAGAAUAUGAGCGAGUGCCUCCGUAUGUGCUGCAAGGAAACGUCCUGCAAAAUUGCUCUCAUGCUUGAGCAGAAUUGUUAUUCCGUGUCUUGCCGCGGAAAGUUUUGUCAAACCGUGCCUGUGAACCCAUUACAGUUCAAGCCGAGAAUUGCACACGUUAUUAGACCUAAAGGUGAGCAUGGAAUGUUUAUUCUACGUUCCGAAGACAUAAUGUGUCAAAAAAAUUGACUGGAACGCACUGUAAUUGUUUUUCUUGGAAUCAAGUUAUGCCGACUAAAUCGCUCAGCUUUCAUCAGUCUGUUGGAGGUAUGGUUACACAGCAUUGAAAUAUGUAACCACUCGCUCAGAGAAACCCGAUGGGAGUAUGGCAUCCUUUGUACAGGCCCAAGUGGCCCAUGGGGCCGGCGCUUAGCUCCGGUUUUCCCAGCAUGAAGAAGCAAGGAGUAUCGAUCCGGGGUCGAGCGCACUAACAAUGAGGCCACUGCGCCUCCACGAAAGAGUUUUGUAGAGUUUUGGCUUAAAACCUUGCAGUGAUCGCAUUUACCAAGUUCUAUUGCACAGGCGAAGAUUUUCACUAAAUAUUCCCUUUUCAAUAUAAGGCCACCUAGUAGAGAUUUUCUCGACCUAAAAAAAUUUAUCUUUUUCUCAAGUGGUGUCUGUUUAUCUCUUUUCCUGCAGUCAUUUUGAACACCAACUCCGGCUUCCCGUUCUCCUCGCCAAACCAUUCCCAUCACCCUCCUGGAGGAGUCUCUUACAAUGUUACGCUACGCCAGCACCAGGCUCCUCUCGGAGUAGGUGGUGGGAAAGCUGAGCACCACAGCUUACCAAAGGCGCGUGGCGAAGACCAAAUCAGCCAACUGGACGAGGGUAACCAGGAAACUAACAAAAACGACACCCAAUGGAACAGCCCGUCUAGGUUUCCCUACAGAGUGUUUGAGAUUUCUUCGAAUAGAAAAGUACAGGAUAACGGAAAGAAGCAGCGAGAGUUCUCCUUGAGAGAGUUUGAUCGUUUGGAUACUCUUCUUAAUUUAUCCCUUAUACAUAAACAGCGUGCUCUGUACAUAGCAAAAUAUUUAGUCAAGAUUGGAAAGACAACUAUGGAAACAGGCUUGAGAAUGGUGCAGAUCCAUGGUGGAAACAAAACGCAGCACGAUCACCACGAGGAUGCGGUUAAAAUCGGUCGACGCUUGAUUUCUGCUGGCGAGAAAAUUUUGUCCCGUGGGGAGAGAGUUCUUAGAAAGAUUAUGAAUCCAGCUGGUAAGAAAAAACCCAGGAGACAUAGAACAAAGAUACCAGCUUCGAGAAUCUCAGAAAUUCCAGUUGUGACGCCAGUUAUUAAAAUGAUAUCGCUCUGCAGUCACGGUCCGUCUUACUACGGCGUCACUCUGCUGGGGGGAUUUCGUGCUGGGCACUUUGUCGGGCACGGCCAAGUCGACAGCAUGCAAGCAUGCAUAAAAAAGUGCUGUGCCAACCAGGAUUGUGAUUUGGCUUUCAUGGUGAGGGAAGACUGCUACUCGGUUAUUUGUUAUCAUAAGAGUUUGUGUCGCAGCGUGAGAGCGAAGCAUGUCAAGAAAUAUCAACCGCGUAUUGCGCAUAUAUGGAGAGGUUCAAACCCCGAGAAAGAAGGCGUUAGCGGUCAAGGAAAGUCUCCAGCGCAGUCACAGAGCUACAUGAUUGAGAGGAAACAUAUUACCGCUGGAUCUAAAGAACAGAAAGGCGCUGUAAUCUCGAAAAAUCAUAUGAAAUCGAGAAAGGCAAGCAAGGUGGCUGCAUUGAGACACAAGGGAAAUGGUAUUGUGUCAGGUAAAAUCGGUUCGCCUUCGCAGCCACGUAUCCAUAAAGGCACUCACACACCAAAGACUAAGAAGGUUGGAGUUAUGCAGUACAAUCACUCGGAAAUUAAAAAGCGUAUUUCGAGUACUAAAGUUCACUCCCAUUUUUCUUCGAGUGCAAGUUUUAAGAAACAGUUUCCUGGCAAAAAUGAUGACAAGAAGCAAGGUUCCGUCUUAAUAAAGGCUAACACCCAAGCUACUGACACUGAGCACCACUUACACUCAGUAAGUUACAAAGAACCAAAGCUCGCUGUACGUAAGCCCAAAGUCAAUGACAACACAUGUCGUCACUCUGCUAUCCAGCAUAAUGUUGGACUCCGUCGUGGCUUGAAAACAGGAACAUUUGCAUAUAUUGGAGAAUUUUCCGAUAUUACGAAGUGUCUGAAAGUGUGCUGCCGUGACCCGAAGUGUGAUAUAGCAUUCAUGUUAGACCAAUCAUGUUAUACGGUUAACUGUGCGAAUGAAUCAGUUUGCCAUAGUGUUCCGUAUCAUCAGCAUCAGUAUUCCACAAGCGCAGUGUUUAUUCGCGGGCGUUUUCACAAUAAAAUUUCUUCAGUUAGUGGACUUCAGCGAAAAGAAAAUUUCUCGCCUACAAAGAAAGCCAUUUUAGGGACUGGCUUUGCAAUGAGAACUGUCACUUCCCGAAAAGACAUUCACGAUUUGCGACAAUCAGAAAAGACGACAAAAAGGGUCAGGGCACCGCAUAAUGGGUCCUCUGCUGAAAACAGUUCGGAUAAGACAAAUAACAUAAAGCCGUGGAUCGAAGAGAACAUAAAGGUUAAUUUCUCCACAAUUCUACAGCAUCCCAAUCAGAGCAUAACAUCUGGCUUUUCCAAAGUCACAGGAAACUUCCAUGGCAAAACCGAAUGGAAAGUCGAGAACAUUAAAAUUAAUCUUUUGAACAAGGAAACAUUAAAGAAUUUGUCGCCUGCAGUGGAUCAAAAAUCUACUUUAACAAAACCUUCUGAUCAUAUUGCACGCCAGAGUCACCUUGACACGCGAAACAAAGUUCCUGGGAAAAACUUCUCGGUCAAUAAGUCGGUCUCGUUUGACGAUUUCUCUACAAAAGCUGAGCAACAAUUACAGAGUAUUCCAGCGAGAAAUUACGGCAGAGAAGGAAAAGCGUUGAAAAUCAAGAAAGGAGAAAUCGAGCAGAACAGUUCCUUAAAAAUGAGGAUUGAUUUCAACACUGGGAGUGGUUUGUUCCAAGGUGAGUCAGAUUAUUACAAGGAACAUCAACAUCGCAACAAGUCGUUUAAUUCUGAUUUCUUCCAAAAUUUUCACCCAGAUGAGGAUAUACAUGGCGAAAGUGCCAAGACAGAGCAAAUAACGAGUGGAAGCGCGAGUUCAGAUGGUUUUUACGGUUACGAAUCUGGAUCAUCUAGUCCCUACACGAGCGGUUCUACGCCAGAUUCGUUUCACGAAUCAGCGGGAGGUUCCGCAGACUUCGAUGUUGAUGGAAACUUGCAAAAUUGUUCCACCUACUCAUACUAUAAUAUGACACUUCGAGCAGGACUAAAAGCGGGGAAUUUCACCUUUUUUGGAAAAGUUACUUCAACAAAAGACUGCGUAGCUCGUUGUUGUUUAACAAAGGGAUGCGAUGUGACAUUCGUGGUACUAAAUAGAUGUUUCCUAGUUGAUUGUUUUAGUGAUGAUUCGUGCGAUAUUAUUAACGCUAGAAACACCAACAAGUUUAAACCCGUGGUCACCUUCGUCAACUUAACGCUUAUAAGCACCCUUGUUGAAAAAUCGUUUGAAAACAGUAGCCUCGUGUCGGAUAUUUCAAUUCAAGGUGACAACGAAACUAACGAAGCGUCGAAUACCCAAGGUGAACCGACGCAUGAAAUUGGCAUCAGCGUGUCCCGAACAAUGGAAUCGGAACGUAAUACGCGUGUAACUCAGAGUCAAGACUCGGUUUCUUCCCCUACAAGGCUGCAUCCGUCGGAGUGUAUUUAUAGUUUCCCCCUCCGCAAUGUAUCCUUCCGAAUCGGGCGGAAAGCUGGGAUAUUCAUAAAUCACGGGGUUGCCAAAAACGUUAGCGAAUGUGCUGAGUAUUGCUGUCUAUCUCUAACCUGCGACGUGGCAUUCAUGAUAUCCAACGAUUGCUUUUUCGUACGUUGCCACAGUGACAAAUCUUGCGAAACAAAGACAAUCCGAAACUCUACAUUCUAUCCGAGGAUGAUUUUUGUGAAGAAGCAUGGAGUCACGCUCAAGGGCAGGGCACACAAAGCUGCAAAUGAUUUGUUGGUAAAUCCAUCACCGAGCUCCCGAUGGAGUUCACGCAUUCCAACAAGGGCAACACUUUUCCCAGUAAACGUUUCCCUUGAUUUGCCUCGAACCAUUGCGUUAGUUACUUCACUUUACACACUACAAAGUUUGGUUGUAACAAAAUCAUCUGUGCUUAGUGUGGAAACGUCCAUUCCGACCGUUACCCCUUUAGAGGAGAAAGGACCUAAACGUGGGGAGCAUGUUUUCGAUCCGUCAAACCUCGUGGAAGUGAAGACAAACGGUUCUGAAUUUUGGUGGCAGUACUACUCACCAGACGAUGGUCAGAUUAGAAAUUCCAACUUCACCGUGGAAAUGCCCAAAGUUAAGAACGACAACAGUGCAACGCCAGCCAUUGCGACGAACAGACCCGUUUCGCAAACUUUAAACCGUACCUUGCCUCAUAAACCAAAAGAGCGUAGACAUUGCAGCCAUGCUAAGAUUAUAACUGGGGUAACCUUAACGGGUGGUUAUUAUGCAGGAAUAUUUACCAAACAGGAGUAUGUUGAAUCCAUGCCAGAGUGCAUCUCAAGAUGCUGCAGUUUGCCUACUUGUAAUGUUGCUUUUAUGGUCAGCAACAUUUGCUAUGCUGUUCAGUGUUUCAGCGAGGAAAAAUGUACUACUGCUAAAGCCCACUAUUCAAGAAAGUAUCAUCCACAAGUCUCUCACGUUCGCAAAGGGAAGUUGAACAGACAUGAUGCCAUAACUGGGAAGCUUCGUUGUGUGUUGGAGGACGUCAACGAGCCGAAGCACCGAGUCAAGGAAGGAGCAGUCCUUGUGCACACUACGGCGCAUGAUUUGGGUGACUGUGCAAAGCUAUGUUGUCAGACAGAAGGUUGUAAAGUUGCCCUGCAGGAUAAUGAUACAUGUUAUUCAUUGAACUGUCAUACUAAUAUGAAUUGUCCAAACGCGAACUUGUCACGCAACAUUGAAGCGACUUCCCAAUCUUUGGUCGUAAUAAAAGACAAGAAGCAAUCGGAAAUGCAUCCAGAACGCGACCUUACCGAAACUUGUCAUUUCAGUAGUGUCCUUCACGAAGUUGUGCUGCGUGGUGGCUCGCAAUCUGGAAAGUUCAAAUACCUCACCGAAGUUGACGACAUGGCCACUUGUAUCAAGGAAUGUUGCAAAUAUAGCGUUUGUGACCUGGCUCUCAUGUUGAAGGAUAAUUGCUUUUUGGUGUCAUGUCACAGCGAGGUCCUUUGUGAACCCAUACGAUCCCGCUCAUCUGACUACCGUCCGCAGAUUGCGUACAAGAUCAAACGUGGAAAGAAUCGACAUAUUGGUAAGGCAGGGUAGCGUCUACAGCUUUACUAGUAUAAGUAAAAUUUUUAUGGUCUACACGUGGGUGCAACGUAGCGCCCUAGAUCCAUUGUUGAUAAAUGAUCUAUUUUCCUCGUGCAUGAAAUAUCCAAAUAGCUGUUCUUGUGUUUUUGCUUGUUUGUUGUUGUUGUUUUUUAAUAUUCAUUUAUUUAAUUUUUUUCAGUUAAUUUAAACUGAGUAGACAAUAGCAACCCAAAUAAAUAUAUAUAUUUAUAGAUAAAUAAUAGAAUCACUGUCUAUAUGAUAUGUUUAAUCUGACUCGUACGAUCUGCUUUGACUACAAGAAAAACAACUUUUGAUUAAAGGAAACUAAACGCAACGCAACGAAACGAAAUACUACUUACGAGACUUGUAAGCCUGAGAGAAAAAGAAAUCCGCGAAACGCAAAACUUUACUCACUCGCAAGAACAAGGUCUAGACCAUAAUAUGCCUAUCUAACCCGGUAUCGCGCGGUUAAGGCACGACUAAAUAAGACGUAUUGCAGUGAUCACACGUAAAGCAUUUACAAAGUUUGCGAGCUUCUGAAAGUGUUAUAUUUGGUAUUAAUGAAAAACAUACAUGAAGCAUUAGGUAGAUUAUUCAUAGAGCGCCAGGCACCUGAAUAUAAUUGGACAGUGUGUUUAGUGGAAUACAUCCUUUGUUUUCUCUUCAGAAAUAUGGCCAAGAAGAGAGAAGAAAAGUUCAGUGGUGAACAGAAACAAUUACGAGGCUACUGGAGAAAGCAACACAGAAAAUGCGACUUUCACAAUGAGCAGGUUCUUCCCAGUAAGCUCGGUAAAAGUGGGCAACAUCCAUUCCAACGGAAGUGGAUUUGUUGACAUCGCAAAUAACAGUAAAACUGAAGAAGAAAUGACUUCCAAUGACACGGUAUUAGUGUCAAAUGAAACGGAGACUGACAUCUUUGCCAAUGAGACUACUCCCCAGUAUGUCUUGAUGUCACAUCCGUUGUUGACUCUAAAUGACUCUAGCUCUGUUCUUGGGGGCAAGUCGACCCUUGUUUACUUGGAAAGUAGUCCGACUGCGAAAAAAUCAGUCCUUCUUCAACGUGUAGUGGAGAGCACCAAAUCGCAGGCCUUAGAAACAGGGGUUCGGACCAUGAUAGUAAACUCAAGAAAAUUUCCAAGCUCAACAAUGCAGUCAGUCGAGAAGUUGAAGUCUUUGACGUUAUCGUCAAGCAAUGCUUUACAGAUGUCAAAGGUCUCGAAGUCACAAUCAAGCCUUAUAUUAAAAACAGAAACAUCUACUCAUUUAAAAACGUCUUCCGAUGUUUUACAAAGCUUGAAGUCCUCUCAACAAUCUGGUAUUCUUGUGAGUGAAGGUCUCCCUACGAUUGUCGUGCAAACACUCAACCGAGAAACUGAAGAAUCGCUAUUGGAGUCAGUAGGAAUGAAAAGCUCCAGCAUCCAAACUAAUUAUUUAAGGCAAUUGGGUACACUUGCAGCCAAAUAUCACCAAGCAAAAAACUCCAAGAAUGUUGCAAGCACCCUUUCAAAAAGCAUUUCCCCUCCAUCGAGCACAUUUAAUGUUUAUAGUUCUACAGAAAAGUCCACAGCGAAAGAAGAAAAAAGGUCAUCGCAGUCACAAAUGAGUAGCCCUGAUUUUUCAAGUCUUCAAAAGGAUAACCCCGAAGUAGCGUACUCAUCAUCAGUCUUCCCUUUUGCUGAAGACAGCCAACGUACUAGAGUAAAACCUCAAACAGCAAUACCCAUUAGAGCUAAAAUCCAUUCAACAACCGCAUUUUCCUCGAAGCCAACCAUUCGAAGUGAUAAACAAGACAAGGCGGACGUAAUCUCAUCGGGUCAAAUGAAACCAACCACAAAAGAAACAAUCGAAGGGAUUUCACUAAAACUAAGCUCACCCACACCAACUGGAGUUUUGUCACAGGCAAAGGUAAACAGCCCCUCUCCGAGUUCCUUUUCACUCAUGGAGACGCCAACCAGCCUUCUGAAACCAAUAAUUAACCAUAUCGAUAUUUCACUGGUCUUCAAGGAUAGGCAAGUCCACGCACAAGCUUCAAAUGAGACAAAGCCUUUUAAUGAACGCCUCACUCACGCUAGCUCGGGUUUAUCGUCAUUCUUGGUCUCUCCUACCCCAUCUGCAAUUUCGCUUGUCUCUUCGAAAAACCCAGUAAUUAUCAAGGCUUCAUCCAUAGACAAAGAUACCAGACCGAAAAACCUUUCAAAAAUAAAACAGGAGCGCGAUAAAAUCCCUGUUAUCACUCCGAGACUGCUGGGAAUUCCUAGUUUGUCAGACGUAUCACCCAAUCAAAAGCUCCCCUUAACUUCUGGCUUUUCGCAUGGCAACAAAGGGACUGUGGUAGCUGAUCCUACCGAUGCUACCUCUACAACAGUCUCGGCUAUGGUGUCUUCGAGCCUGCUACUAACAACGAUUGCAUUUGAUCUAGAUGGUCUUACAAAGAUGGGGCAUUCAAGCCGAAGACUGACCCUUAGUCAAUCCCAAGUUGCCACGGAAAAAUCUACGUCGAUAAAGAUCUCGACCUUAACAUCGUUGAAACGUUCUUCGCAAGGGGUGUUAGUGCAAACAUCGAUAAUUACGUCAAAAAGCACAGGAAUGAGUGAUGGCAGUAGAGAGAAGUCAGCUUUUUAUUCGACUAAUAUCCAAAGACCAGACACGCAGGAUUCAUCUUUAUCUCUCACCAAAGAAGUGUCAUCCUCUAAAAUAGCCUCUAGCGUUGCACCAGCGAAACCACUCUUGCAAUCGACGCGGAUUGCAAGUAAAACACCGAAAUUAUUACCCAAGGGUAUUUUGAUAGCCUCUCCAGUGAAAAUACAGGCCUCUGCUUUAGCAGGGCCUCUUCAACCAGAUAUCUCAGAAGUCAAGCAAUUUGACACCGUUGCUUCACAUCAAACGAAUGUUGUUCGACUGCUAUCCUCGGAUUCAUCAAAGGGUCAACCCUCGACAAGCUUACAUCAUGGUGAUAGAGUUGCUUUAGCAAAGUCAGUGGAGAUGAGUCGUUCGCUUUCGUCUUCUUUACUAUUAGACUUAACGGAGCAGACACAAACGACAACUAGAAACGUUAUAGCAACCACAGCAACAUACGUUAGUAAAGGAAAUAUAGAUUCCCUUACUUCUUCGCUCAGAGAAUUAACAGAGUCAUCUAAAAGCAUCAGUUUUACUAUAACACCUUUAAAGCAAACGGUGCUAAAUUUAGCGGAUGCGCCAAGACGAAAAAUUUCAGUUGAUUAUUCUUCAGUAAAGGAGAGAAUUCACUUGUUGUCUAAGCAGCCAGUAAACGUUAAUACGUCAUUAACAAAGAUAUCGAUAUCAGCUUCAAUCGUCGCAAUAACAAACGAUAAACGCAGUAAUAGUACAAUUUUCACCACAACUCCAGCCAAAGUCUCGAAAAAAGCUUCCAAAGUGCUACAUGAAAGGCUAUUUUCAUCAAUUAGCACUGCGACCGAAAGAAGCAGGAUUACAGUCAAUGCCAACCUUGAAGCUGCUACCAGGGGAAAUGUGUCGGCAAAAAUUACGACGUCGAAUUCAACGCCUGUGGCAAAAACCCCACGGGAGGCUCUUGGUAAGGUACAUAACCAAGAAAAAGUCGUGCGUACGUUAGCCAGUGGAAUAGUAUCCAGCCCUAUCUUCCACCAUGCAAUCAAUCAUAUAGGAGAGCUUUUAAAGAAUGAAACUGGAAUAGCGGAUUCUGUUUCUAGGCUUGAAAGUUUGUUGGGAAAUCUGCAGAGACUUGUCGUAAAUGAGACAAGAAAUCACUUGAACAGCUCAGCCCUUACAUCACCUUUGAGAGGAAAUGAACUGAGAGGUAAUGGCUCAGAGAGAAUUUCUAAGCAAGUAGCAUCGAAACUUGAUGGGAUUUCUUCUAAGCUUAGGAGAAUAUCAUCAGUGCUCACAGAGCUUCAGAUAAAGAGAAAAGAGCUUAACAACACAGUAGAAACGAGGUCUAACGUAGAACGACCAGGAACUGGAACUGCAGAGGACAGAAAACGCAAUAACCUUAUUGCACUUUUAUUGAAGAGGUUAAGCAAGCUCGAGACUAUUAUUCAAAGAAAGCGAAAUCCGAUCAUUGGCAGUUCUCUGGCGAAAAGCGGUGAAAACAAGCACACAGCUUCCUACGCCAGUCUUCGUACUAUACUUCAAGAUUCCACCGUAACGACCAAAUUACAAACAAGAACUUCGCAUUUAGGGUCGGUCACAAUGCCCUCUUCGACUACCGCGGCUAUCGUAGGUUUAAGCUCAGUGGCAGCUCAAAGCAUUGAGAAAUCCAUAAUCGCUCCACUUAUCUCCAGGGUCCUCCCUACAAAUCAACCAUUGACUACACUGAAAGCAUUCAAAUCAAUUACAGCCACACCACUCAGGACUAAAGCCAUUGUAUCAAGCCUUACGAAUGAUCAAAGUUUGGUCUAUUUACAAACACAUCAGUUCGAGCCAACGAGUACACUUCAUAUUCCUAUUCAGCCACAAAACAGCAGCCUUGGACAAACUUCAACAUCCUUAACAAGGAGUAAGGCUGGUCUUGUGAACUUCCAUCAAUCAACAUCCUUAGCAGGGAGUAAGGCUGGUCUUGAAAACUUUCAUCAAUCCGCCAGCCAUCAUCUUGUGAACAGCAAGAAACAUCGUGUUGAUAGAAGUAAAGAGUUCACGUAUGUGACAUUCCGAAAUGGACUAGAAGCCGGUAUCUUCACCGAAAGCGGGAAAGUUAAAGAUAUGGAAUCGUGUGUGGAACGAUGUUAUAACCGUUCAUCUUGUCACGUCGCAUUCAUGGUCGAACACUCCUGUUACUCCAUACACUGUUACAGUCAGAAGACCUGCGAAGUUCUUCCAGUUCAGACGCCAAUAAUCACCACACGUGUAGUGUAUCUUAAGGACAGGAUGUUAAAAUUACCCUACAUCACUGCAAAAGAGCACAAGGCCUCCCCUUUUAUAAGAGACGACAAGAAUUUUACCAUCACCAAUUGUGCUAAGAAUGUCACAGUUCUCAAGAACAUGACUUUUCUGGCUGGAAUGAGCGCCGGGAAUUACACGGAUUACGGAACAGUGGACAGCAUCCAAGCAUGCUCGAACAUUUGCUGCUCAAAGAAAGUCUGUGAUGCGGCAUUUAUGAUUUUGAAUAACUGCUUUACGAUUGACUGCAUCAGUGACAAAGCUUGCCAUGCUAUUCCUUCAAAAUCACGCAAGGUAAACACCUCUAUAGUGUAUUUUCGGAAGACUCUAUCUUUGGGACGUCCCCAGCAAAUGCAGAAGAAACCAAAGGUAGGGAAUCAGCAACUUUGCCCCCUUCUUGGGGGAAUUAGGAAAGGGGUUACCUUUAGCGGAGGUUUAACAGCGGGAAACUUUACUGAUCAUGGAUACUUUGAUAACUUUUCAUCCUGUAUAAAAGUAUGUUGUCGCCUUGAAGCCUGUGACAUAGCAUUCAUGGUUGAAAAUAAUUGUUACUCGGUCAAGUGUGCUAAAAAUAGGAGACGGUGCAUUCCAGUGGUUGCAAGACCCACAAAAUUUAAAACGUUCAUGGCCAUUAUGAAGGCAAGUGUUUAUUCUGAAGUCCACACUCAGGCUUCCUAUGAUUUAAAAUGUGCCAAGAAAGGUCCCAUUCAGCAUAGUCUCACUUUCAAGAAAGGUAUCAAAGCUGGAAAUUUCACUGAGCAAGCUAAAGUAAAAGAUAUGAGCCACUGCAUACAAGCGUGCUGUAACAUUUCUUCGUGCAGUGCCGCUUUCAUGAUAGAGGGAAAAUGCUACUCAGUGGCUUGUCACUCUAAAAAAGAUUGCGAAACACGUGCGGUGAAAAGCAAGGUAUUAACCACCGUCAUUGCGUUUAUAAACCACCCGCAGAAAGGAAGGAAAUCAGGUGAACCAGGGUUAAAUCUGAAACAGACCUUUACAAAGAGCAUCUUGGGAGGCCAUUGUGAUAUAACGAACGUGCAGCGGAAUGUGAACAUAACCGGAGGAUGGAAAGCUGGCAAGUUUCUCCGUAUUCCUGAUAUUAAGAACAUGGUGAGAUGUACUGAAGCUUGUUGCGACUAUCAUGGAUGUGCGGCUGCUAUGUUCAUUGGUCAAUAUUGUUACAACUUAGUUUGCUUUAAGACAAAAGGUUGCCAGCUGAUAGGAUCACACGGGGGGUUUAUGAUCGAUAGAUUUGUCGCGGUACGUAAGAACACAGGGAACGUGCUGUCACCUAUCAUGAAAGCCAAAAUUUCCGAGUUGACGGCUUCCAAAGAGCACGUUAGUCAUUCAUACUUCAUGGAACCAGUGCAAAACGCCAGCAACAAUGAUGUUCAAUCCGCUCUGAAGAAUGCGUCAAGUAACACCAGGAUAGACAAUAAAGCGCGAACACCUUUUACCAAGCUGUCUGAGUUCCCAUCCAUUAAACCGACAGGUACAAAGUAUGAAACAAAUAGUGAAAGUUUCAAUUCAACAAACGCCAAGAAAAACAAAAUUCCAUUCCUUGUCUCGUCUCAUCAAACUGGUUCCACUACGAUUAUGGUAACAUCGACGAAGACGCCUUCUUUUCCAACAACAAGUUCCAUUUUACGUUUUUACAAUAAUGUACACGUCAGACUUCCAAAAACGUCUACCGUCCUUGUUAGGAAACAGUUGGAGCAUGUGCAGAACGUGACAAGAAAUUAUUAUCUCUCGAUUAAGUCAGCUUCUGUAACAUCAUCUGCGCUGUCGCCUUUAUUCUUCUCUUCAAUUGCUUUGAAUAGAUUCAAAAUAGUAUCACAGACGUCUGACAUUGUCACUCCAUCAACGGCGUCAAGAAAUCCAGAGGGAAAAACAGAUUACUCGAGCAGUAUCGAGACAAAAAAUUCGGAAACGUUGCCUGAGGAGACGUAUUCAUUCAAAAGCGAUUAUAGUCUAAUGAUGGAAGAACAUAAUCGCAAUAGAAAACGGACAUAUGCCUGUACUCAUACGUUUGUCUUCAAUAACGCUACUUUGCGCGGUGGUCUGAAUGCAGGUGACGUGAAAAACGAGGGAAAGGUGGAAGGAAUGGAAGAAUGCGUGGACAUAUGCUGCAAAACUUUGGAAUGCAAUGUAGCGCUGAUGUUGAACGAAAAGUGCUACAUUGUGGCGUGCUCUAACAAAAGAAGUUGUGAAGCAAUUCCUGAUAAGCAUACAACUGGAGAAACGAAAGUUGCAUAUGUGGCACGAAGUAAGGACGAAACGGAACUUAUCAAAAAGCUUAUCAGUCAGACUAAAACAUCAAAACCUGUCAGUGUUAGGGAAAAUAAAACUAACGAUGGCCGGACAAGGAAAACAAAAGAUUUGCAAUCAGCAACGAAUAAUAAUAUAGUUAGGCAAGGAUCUUGCUUCAGAAGUCCCAUUUUAAAGAACGUGCGAUUCAAGCUUGGUAGGCACGCUGGAGACUUUAAGCCAGUUGGGCUGGUAAAAAAUAUUGAACAGUGUGUAACGUCAUGCUGCAAAGAAAAUGCCUGUAACGCAAUCUUUAUGUUGGGAUCACGAUGCCAUUUGGUGUCGUGUUCCAAUGAACAGGACUGCCAAACUGUAGAAGCUAAGUCGGACUUCUACCAACCAAGGGUAGUAUAUUUAGCAAGGAGUGAGGCUGAAGUAACCUACUUGUUCAAGCUGGUUCCAAAGGAUAUUUUAGAGAACUAUAAGGGAAAUGAGACUGACCACGCGUAUGCCACAGUCGACCGAGACGAGUCAGCAGUUCGGAGAUCGCAACUGGAACGCGCAGAAAGCAAUAAUAGUAUCAGCUCAACCUACUCUGAAGAAAACGAUGCACGCCUUACUACGUCCUCGAAAUCUUCUUUUCAGUUAGCUUUGUCUACUUUGAAAGAAAAACCAAGAUCAGGGAUAAGUAGGCAAGUUACCAUAACAUCAACCCCGUUACUACAGUCACCUUAUGAUUUCAGCACCACGCAAAAACAGGUACAAUCUUUGGAAAGUGUCACUCAUAGAGACACGUCAGUCCCAAAGCCUAAGACCUCGGUCACCUUCUUUUCUUCGAAAGCGGGAACUUUACGGAGCACUACAAAUAAUAUGGUGGGCUCGAAUCCUGCUCCGGAAACAAGACGUGAACUUUCCCUUCCCGCAGAAGCUUCGCCUCUUCUUUAUGGAAAGGUUUCUUCGAUCUUACAGUCAGCGUUGAAAUUAUCAACCGUUUUACCCACUGCGAUAUUUACGAAAAGUAACGUAUUGGAAGGAGAUGAGGUAAACAAGACAAAUACUAUUAUUACCAAUACUAUUAUAAAUACAAGCCCAGCCAUUAAAUCGUCAGUUCAAGCGCAAUACAAAAUACCAAUGAACUAUUCCAUAAAGUCGAGAAAAACGACGCCAUCAGGAAACCAGAGUCGAGCCAAAUCAUUAAGAAUAAUUACCCGCAGUGACUCAAAGCUGUUGUCUGAAAACAUGCUCACUGAUGAAGAAACCUAUACGAAAGAAACUGUUCAUGAAAGUUCUACGAGGGCACUCAACAUAUUGUCAACUAAUCUGCGUAUUACUUUAAGCUCUGUGUCAAAAGGAAGGGAAAACGCAAUGAAGAAUAUAACGUCAAGUACGUCUCCUUUAAGAACAACACCGCUUCGCUUGAAAACAUUGCCAGUUAAUACCGUGACCAAUCUCCCACAAUCGUCUACAAUAAUGCGUGAUUUAAAGAAAACAAUAACGAACUAUCAGCAGAAUGAGAGUAAGACGAAAAAUCUUCCACUCCACGCCUUUGACAUAUCACAGCCUGUAUCUCCUGAAAUAUCUCAAGGUAUCGUGUCCCAAUCCGAAGAACACGGUAAUGAUUCUACUGACUUUGCCACUCCUCACGAUAGAAAUCCAACUGAAAAAUCAGCAGAAAGUCCUGUCCCUCAGGAGCAAAAAAGAGUUAACAUUGCACGGUUGAAGACAUCUAAACCCAACAAAUAUUCUGGUAUGAAACCACAGUCGCAAGCUGAAAAAGCUGCACCCUUGAAACAAACACAGAAAUUUACAGUGCUGAAUCAAACCGAGGCGUCUGAAAUGUCCACAUUCCCAAAAAGAAACCAAACUUCUAGCACAUUUGUAGCUCAAACCAUCCCACAAGUUGGCACAACCACGCUUGAUAAUAGCACCUUAGCGGUUAGGUCAAGUUUGAAGAGGUCACUAUAUUCUCCUUCAAUUACCUCUAAAGGAAAAGGAAGUUCUGAGUGGAGCAGUUCGUUUGUUAAGAUGUCAUCGUCCGUUGUGACCCCGUCUUCUCAACUUCCUCCUACUCACUUGGCAUCAACACCAGGUGUUGUUCGUAUCGUCAUAACUAAGUCGGCUAACCUGUCAUUCCCUACUACAGUAACCAACGCUACAUCCAUACCGGGAUCUACGGCUGGAGAUCUUAUUAAAGGUUUGUCAAGCCAGUCAGUUAUAAAACAGCUUCCUCCCGCAUCUAUUACCCCAUCUGCAUCGAGACGUCCAGUCAGUGCCGUGAAUACGAAGAUGCCUACUCCAUCGCCAACAACCACCCAACCUGCCAUACUGACAGUUUCACGAGAGGUGUUGAUGCCAAACACAAGAUCAGUUGGCAAAAGGAACAAAUUAUAUUCUCUUGUAAAGGAAACUACUAGUGCAAAAGUGACACUUAUUUCAUCAACAGCGCCACGGCUGAGAGAAUUAACGAGGUCUUUAUUGAUUUCAUUGUCUUUACAGCGAAGCUUAAACCUAUCGUCAAUGCCAACAACCUAUCUGGCUGAAGAAAUAAGAACGUUGCUGGGUCUUGACCUCAGGGCAUCAACUGGUGCAAAGGUUGUAUCCACAUCAAGUCAUGUUUCAGUGUCGUUGUCUCGAGGGAUUUCAUCCUCUCUGAAUUGGAAUGCAAAAUUUUCGUCGCUAACCGCCAUAUCCGGAGAAAAGGUGACAAAGACAUCUGGACUCACUAAAGAGAAGCAGACCAGUUCUCUACGAUCUUCUGUACUGUCUUCCAGCAUAGAACCGCAUAGUCCCGCAACGAACAAGCAUGUACCAGCUUCGGUGUCUUUACCGCCCUCUCAGUCAAAACCAAUAAAUUCAUCCCAAGUGAAUCAUAGGAACUCAUUGCUUCGUAUACGACCGAACUAUACGUCAUUUUCUCCUAAUAAAACUCAAGAACUUCUGACGUCCUCUCAGAUUUCCAAUACAAAUAUGCCGACUAAGAAAAACAAAAUACCUAGAAACGGAAAUUUGCAAGAUUUUGACCAGCAAAAUGCCUCUCGCUACAGUGGUUUGAGCAAGACUGUGAGUGAAUUAAGUGCUAACGUUCCUAACAUGCGACCCAUACAGGGAUUUAAUCGCUCUUUUGUAACGCCUGUCUCCACAACUCCAAGAAAUAGAAAUAACUUUACCAACGGUAUACCGCAACUCAGUUACAUUAAAAACGCCACAAGCCACAACAGAGUACCAUUCCGAAGCUUAACCCACCCAUCGAGCGUGGCCAAAACCCCGCAUUUGCUUACAUCCAUUUCGCUGCUCAGUAUUAAUUUUUCUAUUUCGGGGACUCACAACACCUCGAGAAGAAUCAAGAGCUCUUUACAUGAGUUACGCUCGCCCACUACAUCGACUCUAACAAAGAAUAGUUUUUCGAUUGUGAACCCAUCACCAGUUGGUGAAGUGCCCGUGGCUCCUCUGCGUUUGCCACUCGUGCCCAAUGAGGUAAAAGGGAAUCAUAGCUCUACGGGAAAAAAACACAAACGUUUGGAAAUUCCUUUUGCCGGUGGAGUACUGGAUCAAAUAGAAAUGCUUCAUUCAGCCUCAACCUUGUCACAGCAGCAUUCCACACCUGCGAGCCUAUAUUCUACGCCAAUAUCUGGACUCUAUCUCGAACAAAUAACUCGUGUCUAUGAAUUGUCCCAUCGUCUUUCUGAUAAAAUUUCACACAUUUCGUCGAACUUUUCUGAGAAUUUGGCCUCUUCUGAAACGAAGCAUGUGGCAAGAAAGAGAAAGACACCUGAGAAUGAGCGAGAAAGAGAAAGUAAGGCAAACGUGGGGCGGAAUAUGCAACACUUAGCCUCAGCCAGCAACGAUGGUGAAACUCUCCCAGCGUCUGCUUUGAAGUCUCCCGUUUCAGUUACGUAUUCAAGCACCACAACAUCAGUGAAACAAGGCAAGGCCAAUGACAGACUUCUCUCGCAAUUCGAAGCGACACAACUAACGUUGCAUUCUACUCCCUUAUCUCAAAAGGACCAAGUGGUUCGUUCUUCAUCUUUAUGGCUCGCAAAACAAACACCACCCAUCAAGCUGAUUCCUUCGGCAACGGCUGCGCCACUGGAAAGGGAACAUAAUAAAAUACGGACUCGUGUUCUAGCAUACACCCCAACAUCAUACUUCCGCCAGUCGAACUCAAUGGUAGACGGGAGUAGUACAAUUCGAAAAGAAGAUGGUGGGACAGUGAAAACCGCCGUUGAUCACGGGACAGUGACUCGAUUUUCUUCGGAAACAAACAAAUCAGGUGUUCCUACGACAAUUGCGCAUGAUCAACAGAAUGUCAUGUUUGGCUACUUCGCUCAGCUUCUGAAGAGCAUCAAAGACAUUCUAACAAAGAAGAACCGCAGAGUGGGCGAAACGUCCAUUGUCCCGUUAGCAUCGAACGUGCAACAAGCUGGAAGGGGAACAGAAAAUCCAUCAAACUUUGGUUUUGCACAUUCAAGACUACUCGUCUCUAAAACAACUCCUCAGCAAUUCAGUUUUGAACAGGUGUCCUCAAGUAAAACAACAGAGAUAGUGAGUGUGUUAAUAUCAAAAUCCACAAAAGCCUUGGAUAUGUCGCUGGCGAUGCAGCCAUUGCAUCAAAUGGCCUUAAAUGUCACUGGAAUUGGAGUAGCGGCUUUAUGUAAACAUUCAAUACCGCGCGAGAAUUCAACAUUGCGAGGCGGAGCGCAGUCGGGUCUCUUUAAAGAGGUGGGAAAGGUCAACAGUGAUACCGAGUGCAUCAGUCAGUGUUGUAUUUCAAACUCAUGUGACGCCGCCUUCUUGUUGUUGAAUCGCUGUUUUUUGGUCACGUGCAAAAGCAAGAGUCUCUGCGAGAGUGUCCCAGCUAAGAAUAUUGUUUUUAGACCCCGAGUAAUCUACAUGGAGAACAAAAUGGCGCUAAACCGACGAGGGAGAGUUCAAGAAGGAUCAAAAUCCUUAUUUUCAGGCAGUCAAUCAGGAAGCGUAGCGUUGAAGAAAAGACAUCAUUCAUCUUUUAAUCCACCGCAGCUUAAAAAUGAAAGAGAAGAUCACUGCAAAGCGUCAAUAAUUCGACAAAAUGUAACUCUCAGAGGUGGAAUCAGAAGUGGGUAUUUUAGAGACCAAGGAAUUGUCAAAAGUAUGCAAAAAUGUGUCGAACUCUGCUGUGUUUCAGACAACUGCACUGUUGCGUUUCUGCUUUUAAAUCGUUGCUUUUCCGUUACAUGUUACAGUGAGUCCCUGUGUAGCACUAUACCGGCCCGAAAUUUGAUAUUUCAACCGCAAGUGGCCUAUAUAGCACGAAAUGACGUUUUAAUACUUACACCAAGCAAUACUCUUAAAUCAACUGGCAUUUCGAAGACGCAAACUAUCUCAAGAACUUUACCUGCCUUAGAUGAGGUAUUAGCAGCAAAUAGCUCAAUGCAUCCGAGUGACAACUGUCAUCGUGGUAACACUGAGAAAAGCGUAGCCUUCCGAGGUGGACUAAGCGCGGGUUCUUUCUUAGACACUGGUGUAGUUAGUGACAUCGAGGAAUGUGUAAACAACUGUUGCCAUGCAACUAAAUGCGACGUGGCCUUCAUGAUAAUGAAAAGAUGCUUUUUAGUGACGUGCUAUAGUGCUCGCUUGUGUCAGAGUGUCCCUGCCCGCAAUAUGGACUAUCUUACUGAAAUGGUACAUGUUUUCCGAGAUGAAACCGCUGUGGUACGAGAUCUUCUCGCAAGGAUUGUACAGCCUUCAUCACUAAGUGUUAAAAUGAAAAGACUCUCCUCGACACUGAGUAUUACCAAUUACAAAAAACAUCUUCAGAAUACUAGAACCUCACUGUUUAUUAAUGAUGUCACGGAUAGCGUGACAGCUAUCAAGAAAAACAAACAUUUGCCAGCAGGGAGCCAUUUAAGUGGCACCUACAUGGGGUCAAGUUUAUCUUCUACGCCACCCGCUUUACCUGCUCAAGGGGCGUUCAUCGAAUCAGUGAUUGCACCGUGGAACGUCAACAAACAUGAUAAUGUUGGGUUAAUUCAAACAUUAAGUAUGUCAACACGUCUAAAUCGAGCUCGUCAUACCUUCGAUCAAACAAUUACGCCAUCUUCACAGACUGUUCUUUCACUUUCAUUGACCUCGGGAUGGAAUGAAAGUGUUGGAAAAGUAAGUGGCCAAGGAAAACAAUUGGAAACUGGAUUGUCUUUGGAAGAUGAAAUAUGUCAAAGCACAUAUGUUUACUACAAUGCAACCAUGCGUGGCGGAAUUAAUGCUGGCGUUUUCAAAGACCAAGGAGCCGUGCAGAACAUGCGGAAAUGUAUUGAACAAUGUUGCCGAUGGCAGUUCUGUAGCGUGGCAUUUAUGCUUUUAACUCGCUGUUACAUAAUAGCUUGCUACAAUGAACACUUAUGCGAUCCCGUUCCAGCAAGGAAUGUCACGUUUACGCCUCGGGUCGCUUUUAUCUCUCGUGUCCGAAGAGAUCACGGUUUGGAAAACAUCUCAGCGCCACUGUUCAAAACGUCUUCGAAAUUCGACCUGAGAACUUCACCGUCAGAGACAAACUCGAAGGCCAUUAAAGCACAUUUGCACACAGGAAUUAUAUCUCCGUCCACAGAAACUUCCAAGAUAAUGACUUUUUCUCACUCUGCUGAGGUCAAACCUUCUCCAUCUCGCUCGAUGAUUUCCAAAGUGUUUACACUUGACUCAAGAUCACGUCAUAAUUGCACUCAGAGCGAAGAAAAGCAUAAUGUAACGCUCCGAGGAGGACUCGGUGCGGGGCAUUUUAAAGACAUGGGAAAAGUCCCGGGCAUGCAAAAAUGUAUUAAUUUCUGCUGCAUGCAAGAACAUUGCGACGUUGCGCUAAUGCUUUUGGAAAACUGUUUCACUGUAAUCUGUCACAACAAACGCCUCUGUGAGAGCGUACCUGCUAAGACGGGGCGGUACAAGUCAAGAAUGGUUUUCGUUGGGAAUGCUAGCUCUGUUUCUUCGAUUCAUUUAUCAAAUAAACCAACCAAGACAAUCUCCCUUCUUGAUGCAGCUUUGCAAGCUAUGGGAGAAUAUCAUGUGAAUGGGACUUCUCCCGCUGGAACAAAAAUCACCUUUUCAGAUAGGAACAGUGCCUUAAAUUCGAAACAACUCGCUAAAAUGCCAGUACCCUCUCAGUCGCUUAAAGUUGCUGGGCUGAAAAGCAGCGAGAAAAAUUAUACAAAUCAAACCAAAGACAGGAAAGAACAUCUGCUUCCAAGUCUUCCAGAAGAGUUGAAACGAUCUGCGACGAUGACUAAUUCAAGUCAGUCGCACCACAAUCAACUUGACCUGAUGAAAAAAUCUGAAACAUCGGGUCACAACAUCACUUCGCCAACUUCUUCAACAGUAAGGUUGAACGCAAGUGUUUUGGCUCCCAGCGAGUCAAGUAAAUCAGCCAUAGAGGAGGGGUUAAAGUCUGAUAAUAAAUCUGGGCUAAGAUUGGCUUUUAGUGACUCCUCGCGACACUUAACCACUCAACCUUCCCCUUGUCUCAAUAGUCCGAUCUCUUACAAUGUUACGCUACGCAACGGUAUCCGAUCGGGCUAUUUCAGAGACCAGGGGAGGGUUGAGAACAUGAGCGAGUGUGUACAAAAGUGCUGCAGCUCUGAGGACUGCGAUGUGGCUUUCGUGCUCAAGCAACGAUGCUAUCUAGUCAAGUGCUACACCAAGCAGGGAUGCGAGACAGUUCCAGCCAGACACAGUGAAUUCAGACCACGUGUUUCGCACGUCCGAAGGGCAAAUGAUUCCCAACUGAUUUCUUUUAUGGACGAACAGGAAACAGACAACAGACAUGAUUUUAAUGGGAAAACACCUUCCGUCCAGCCUCGUAGCAGUACUCAGUUAGAACAUAUUACAUCGUCAUCGACCCUCCCCGCACUAGUUAAAUCCGUCGAUCAUAGGCGUAAACAGAAAGAGAAACCAAGAACGUCCUCAGUUAAGAUAAAGGCAUCUACACGUCACGGGAAAAGAAAAAAUCUCAAAGUAAGAGCAAGAAGCAGAGUAGGAGCUAGAAGCUCAGGAAAGCGCAAGAACACAGUUCACGUGACCAAAACACCAAACACUGAUAAAAUUAACAGAAGAAAGUCCAGAAAGAGAAAACAAAGAAAGAAGCAGAACGAUAGUAAGAGAGAAGCAGCCAAAGCCAAACAACAGCAUUUUAAGAAUAAGCUUGAGAAGAAAAAGGAUCGGAAACUCUCCAACCGUGAUCUGGAUCAGUUAUUCCAGCUCAUGAGACCCGCUGAGCCGGUGAGUCACUCUUCAAGCAAGUCAGAGUCUGUUGCGUCAAUCAUUCCUUCCAAAGACUUAAAGAACAGAAUGAAUCCUGUGGAAUUGAUAAAGGAAGAUGAAAGGAAUGACUUACAGUACGAAAAUGCAACAAUUACAAAUUCCGUUCCAGACAACCGAAUUUCACAUGAGGAAACUCGUCAUAGGGCCAGUCGUACAGGCGAGGAAAACGAGAAGUCAAAUAAGACAACAGCAGUUACACACCCACGAGAGCGUCCUCCUUCUCUUGAAGGCCAAAGGAGUUAUACUUCAACAAAAGGUGCAAAUUCAAUGGUAAUCAAGGCUUAUAAUAAAGCUAAAGUUAAAAAUAGCGUUUCUGGUAAAGUGAAAGUUUCAAUUGAAAAGAAAGGAAAUGGACAUAACAAAAAGCUCGACAUAGCACUGAUCGCUAAACCAGCAAUGAAGGCCACGCGCCACAAACCAACAGCCAAGGAAAAAGUGACCUACACCGCUAGCAAAGAUUUACUUAAACACGCGAGAAGACCAACCGUUGGUAGGCACUCAAGCCCAACUGCAACUACAGCACGUGUCAGUCUCACACAAAAGCCUACAGUUAAGCCACCUAAAGUCUUGUCGCAUAACAGGAGGAAAUUCCGUGCGACAAAAUCCACUGUCCCUGCCGUACCCACUCAAGCUCCUGAUGUCGAAGUGUCAAGUUGUGUAACAGGUGAAGUGGAAUACAACCGAACUUUACGAGGCGGACUUUCUUCGGGUUUGUUCCACGAGGUGGGCAAAGUGAACGACAUCCAUAGUUGCUCGGAGCACUGCUGUGCCAGUCUUAUCUGUGAUCUAGCAUUUAUGGUACUUAACCACUGCUUCUUGGUAACUUGUUCAAGUUCUAAUCCCCAUAUGUGUGAUAGCACACCAGCCUUGGCGACGACUUUUCAUCCGAUGAUUUCUCGCGUUUCACGAAGUGAAAGUGGACAACUGACUGAUCAUGGGACGGAAGCUGCAUCAACUGGCAAGAUAAAGCCUGCCCAGGCUAUGAAAACUAAUGUUUCACCCACUUUGUCUAAAAAUGUUACAGUAACGAAAGAACCGGUAGUUGUCCAAAACAUGAUCAAUCAAACAAGCUCUAAAGAUCCACUAAAUUUGUCUACCAAGCCGAUUAACACGACUCUAACAGUAACGACAAUAGGGGAAGUCGAUCAAGUUUCCAUGGUGAAUCCGCCAACUCCUCCAGGCUGCAUUUCUUCUAUAACGGCACACAAUGUUACUCUAAGAGGUGGUCUCCAUGCGGGAAAAUUCACAGACGCUGGUAGAGUCAAUGGGUCUUACAUUUGUACUGAACUUUGCUGUAAGUCAGAUGAAUGUGACGUGGCAUUUUUCGCGUUUCAUCGAUGUUUUUUGGUAAAAUGUUUCGAUGAGUAUCUUUGCACUUCUACGCCUUCGCUUCUACCGAACUUCAAACCAACAGUUGUACACGUAUACCAUCAUCAUUUUAAACCAACGCCCAAACCAGCGACAACUUUACCACCUAUCAACGACGUGCUUAAAGAAAUCGAAGAUGAGACGCAAACAAAAUCGAAGAAGAAUAGGAAUAAGACAUGCGCUCACUCUGAAGUUUAUGAAGAAGUUACUCUCAGAAUGGGCUACAAAGCUGGCAAUUUUACUCCACAUGGCAAGGUCAACUCUACAAGUCAGUGCGUGGAUUACUGUUGUAGCCAACCGCAUUGUGACUUAACGUUCAUGUUUCUCAACAACUGCUUCACAGUGUCUUGUAUCAGUGGCUACGCCUGCGAGAUCGUUCCUGCAAGGCAGUCCAGAUUUAAACCGAAGGUUGUAUAUUUUGUCAAGAAUAAUUCCACAAGAGUGAUCAAACCAUCAGAUUUUAACUCUUCUCUUACUGAUCCUGGAUCGUUUGUGGGAAAACAACCGGUGAAUGCCGUGCACUAUAAGGAGGUGCGGUUGAAUAAGAAAAACAGUAAUUCUUACCAAAAAGACGUCAGCCAAGGAAACAAUAACACCGAAACAGUGGAUGAGAUAUUUGUCGAAGUCCCAGAAAACGCGGUCACUUCUCGCAAUAAAAUUAAUAAUGCUGAAAAGGCGAAAGUACAAGCUAAGUUCAGCACUAGCAAAAACACUACUCUCAUAUUAAGCCGUCUGAGCACUAGAAAACAUCUUAAGAACGAGCAUAAACUCGGAAUGAAAAGUCAUAACCGAAGCCAAGCAGUUAAAAAGAUUGAUAUUGUCCUAAAUAAGUUAACCAACGUCACAGAAGAGAACAAACGUCUUGAGGGAGAAAUUCACAAUCUUAUCGCUAAACAGUUCGAGCAGGUGAAUGAAAAGAAAAUAGCGACUGGUGCUUCGGGUAGAAGUAAGGAGGCAGCAAAGAAACUAAACAAACAAACAAGGAAAGGGAGAGGAAGAAAGGAUUGGCAUCAGACCAGGAGACGUGUAGAUAAAGAAGGGGCUAGUGAGUAUGGAUCCGGAAUAGACUCCAACGCGCAGAAAAGAGUGGUACUUGUGGACACGGACAGACCCCCUGUCUAUCCGCCUACAGACGAGCAUCGCAUUGAAGAGCAUAGUAUCCAUUCAUUCCAGUCCAUAAAGCCUCAAAAGAAACCUCGACAGAAAAGGCCAAAGGCUCCAACCACUCAGAAACAGCGGAAAAUUUCAAAAUCCAUGCAAAACCAUUGGGAUCCAACAAAUGAACACGAUAUUGAAGAGCAUGUCAUUUAUAAUCAUACGAAGAAAGAGAGACACACAAGCAAACCGAACAAGAAAAUGCACGGUGAAGUCCAAGAAGGCUCUGAGAUUCUGUACGGACAGCCUGAAAACGACAAAGACGAUAACAGUGAAAAAGAACCACAAGAGGGCAUUUGGAACAAUUUUAACAAUGACCGCAAGGAUCCCGGGGAACAUCAUCAUGAUCAAACGGUAUCUAGUGGUGGAUCGCACUUUGUCGUUAAGAAUGAAAAUGCGAGAGAGAAACCCGACAAAGGUGAUUUCUAUUCUGAACAUUAUGAUGACUCAAAAACCUCAGAAACCCGCGAGUGGUUUGGUGCUGGGGGUGGUAACAGAGAUAACCUAGAGAAGAUUCAAACGCCCAAGAACCUGCCUCGUGGAAAUAAAAGAAAGCAAAGUGAAUUUCACCAGCCAAAGUCAUCGAGAAGGCAUGAAUGGAUGAAUGUGGGCAGUGGAGAAGAUGAUGUCAAGAACCACCAGCAAGAAGAUAUCUCAACUGAACUUGUUCGUUUACCUCAACAACACGCGUACAAGGAAAGUUCAGUAAAUGAUUUCCAUAUUCAUAGGGACGAUAACCCAAAAGACUCUGAAAGAUUUUCCUGGAGGAGUUCGAGGAACAGAGACAAUGAUAAUAUGGAAAAAUUUAUAAAUCAAGUCACUCCGACUCAUAAGUCGCAUUUCCAUUUUAGAAACCAAAGAAAGAAAAAUCGUGAUAAAAAUGAAGAAUUCCACGCUGAAAAACAGGAAGAAGAGAGUGCAUCUGAAAAUCAUAGGUGGAUAAGUUCGAGCGACGCUAACAGUGGCUUAGAGGAAAACUUCCCAGUCCAAGUGGCUCCUUCUCAUCAGAGAGAGUUCCAGUUCGAUGAACAAAGAGGAAACAAGAAUGACAAUGGGGAGAAAUUCCAUUUUCAGCACAGCAAUGUUAAUUCAAAGCACUCCGGAAGAAAUGUUUGGUUAGGUAGUACUCGAAAUAAAAACACAGAUCAUGUAGGAGGCUUUCACGAUCAAGUAGCACCGACUCAUAGAGUACGUUUUGAUUACACAAACAAGAAAGCGAAUGGCAACAGAGACGAGGACGAAAUCUAUGUUGAUAAUGAGGACGAGUCAGGUAAUACUGAAACACGAGUGUGGAGUGGUUCGAAACGAGAGGAAGAUCGCAUGGGAAGCCUUAACAAGCAAGUGGGUCCAACGCAUAAGUCACGAUUCCAUCUUCAAAACAAGAGAAAGAACAAGGAAACAAGUCAGGAUAAAAUGGAGAUUGAUGUUCAAACUUAUCCAGAGGAUUUGGAUGAGCCUGUGUGGAGUAGUGGGAGGGAUAGGAGCAAAGAUGACGUGGAAAGCUUCCGCGUGCAAAUAGCGCCCACUCAAAGAUCUGGUUUUCAGUGGAAGGAUCACAGAAAGAGCAAAGAUAAGAGCGGGGAUAAAAUUCACCUACAACACCAAACUGGUGGUGAGCCUGUUCCCGAUUAUGGCAACGUUUGGGACCGGGAAAAGUCGAUGCAAGGUAGUUUGCGAAAGGAGCACAAGUUUGGCUUCACCGUAACUAAAUACGUUGAGCCGACUUCGUCAGAAUUUGCUAGAUUAGACAAGAACUUUGAAAAAUAUCACCCAGAGCAUAGCAUUGAAAGGCCUGCCUUUGUGAAAAACGACUUUUCUCAAGCACAGAAGAAUUUGAUGGCAGUUAAUGGUGAAGGUAGCGCAAAACAGCAUGUGACAAGAACGAACUAUAGUCAUGGGAAAACUGACUUUGACGCGGUAUACAAAAAAAUAAAUAACAUCUAUAAACGCCUAGAGAAGCUUCUUGAAGAACAUUCUAAAAAGGAAAGUAAUGCAACGUUAGCCUCUUUCAACGAACAGAAAGGAGGAGGGUAUGAAGUAGAAAAUAACCAUGUUAGAAGACUCGAAGAAGAUAUUCCAACGCCACCGGUAUCAGCUUCAAGGCCAACAACUCGAGCCUCGAGGAUUGCAACGCGUACUAAGAAAGUCAGAGUUGUGAAGCAAUUUGUAACAGAUGAUUUGGGGGGCUCAGGUACGUCACCAAGGAGUCACGGUGAGAGCCUGAUGGACUAUAUUAAAACAAUCUAUAGCCGAGUGCAGUGGUUGUAUAAGAGGAGGGAUAGGCGCACAUCUGUUAAACUAAAGACCAAAAUAACCAGCCGCAAAAGAAAGAAGUCACAUCACCUUCAUAACCCGAGAGAGAGAACCCAAAAUAGGAAAACUAAUAGAAGAAAAAAUCAGUCUGAAAAAAGGAAAGUACAUCAUCGUGGGAACAUCCAUGAAGAAGCCCUCCUGAAGGAGAUGAGGCAAAUUUAUAGAAAUAUGAAGAAACUAUACAGUGACCAGAGGAAAGAACAGAGAAAAGCAAAAAAGAUUAAAGAAAGAGCCGAAAAGCAUCAACACCAGCGCUCCUAUAUUCCUCGGCAGCGAGGGACGAGUGCAGUUCCGAAUGGCCUGGUAACAAGUAAGGAUUCCAAUCCGCUGACUAGCCGUGCGACAGGUCCGCAAUCCCAGCCACACGUUCAUGAAACCGGUGGGUACCUGUUAUGUAUUGUCUGAUCUGCAAUUUGAGAAAUUUCGUCUUAAGAAACGUGGAUAUCAAAAGCAGGUUGUGAAAACUGUCCGAAAGAAUCAAUUUACGAAGCUUGGGAGGCUUAGCUGCACUCAGAAAGUCUUAAAUAACCUGAAUUCGUUAGAUAACGAUACAUCAAAAAAGCCGGUUUGUUACUUUUCCUAAACUUCCGCCCCAAUCGAUGUGUCUUUUGCUUCAUUUCAUUUAGGACAGGACGCAACAAAGGAAAUUGUAAAUAAUUUUUUAUUCUUUAUUUCUUCAAUCUUUUUUCUCAGCUUAUGGGCCUAAAACUACAGGUGAAGUCCCAGUCCGGUCUCAGAAUGAAAACCCCUGGUAUCGUAAGAACUUCAGACCAACAGAACCUCGAAAAACGCAACACGAUAACUUGAGAAGACAUGGCGGUAUUUUGGCGAACAAGAUCUCUUCGAGACAUCCCACCGUGAACCAGUCUUUCAUUGACAAGAUAGUUGAAGAAAUCGAAGCAAAGCAUCCGAUUCUCACAAAGGAAAAAAGUAGCAAAGAUGAUAGCUUACAACGACUAAUUGACAAUGUGGCGGAUAGUGUCGUCAAACAGGUCACAGAGGAGUUUACCGAGCCGCAGGCCAAGCCAAGUAGACGUGUCAACGUACCUAAACCAUGGUCGCAGACAGAAAUAUCGGUUCCCACCGGUACUAUGGCAGACAUGCCUCUACUUAAUGACUUUCAGAGUAAAAAGCCCUACGCGAAAUCUUCUUUGGUAAAAGAUAUUACCCCAGACCUCCCCCCUGAAAUAAUCAGCAGUGACGAGGUCAGUGGACAAUUGUCGCCUGACUCCUCCCUGGAGGAAGUCAAACCCUCGUCAAAGUCACCGCCUCAGAGAUCACGCUUCGCACAUCAAAGGCCGCAACCUGAAGAACCAGGAAUGCAAGAGAUGCGUGAAAUGUUUAAGUUCAGACAUCGGUACGAUAAACAGAAGCCCAAGUCGCAAAGCGGGAAGAAAAAGGUUACAAUCCCUGCCACAAGUGAAGGUAUAAUAUUUAUUCUGUUAAAUUUUUUUUUUUCGUCCGUUACUUCUUAAGCUGUUCUUGUAGGUUACUCAUUGGUUUUAAAAAAAGAAGACAAUUGUUUUAAGGCUCAUUUUUAUUUGUUAUCCUAACAUUUUGUCGCUAUAAUCCGUCUGUCCGACGUUAAUCUUUGUUCACAUUAUUAAGUCAGAGGGUUCAAUCUAUUAAUUCCUCUAUUGCUAUCAAGGAAAUAUUGAUUAAAAUUAAUUUCAAUACAUUCAUCAAACCUUUCAAGCUACAGUUUUUGUAAAAUGUUACGUUCAUGAUAAUCAAGGGGACUUCUACACUCCAAUUUUGUAAUCUCGUCUAUUUUAUCGUCUAUCCCUUUUUCUUUUUUUUUUUUUGUUUUUUAUAGAACUUUAGAAACCCUCUAUAGAUUUUACUUAUAGUUUAUUUACGUAUACGAAACAGACAGAUUUUCUCGUAAAAGCCGUGCUGCGUUCAACACUCGAACAAAGAUGAUUUAAUUAAAUGAUGAAUUAGUUUGUUCACCUCUAAUCUGUCAUACCUUGACAAAGCCGGUUUGACCGAAUAGCAUAACAUUGUAAGAGAUCUUUAUGAGCUCUUGCAUUGUUGUGCUGUUCGGGAAAGCUUAAUCAACAGUGUGCAACGACCAGGAAAAGUUACAUCGUAACCUCUGACCCACCCAUUUUAUUAUUUUAGCCACUCGUUUUUGAAAGGUUUGUUUUCAAGUCAUCGCAAUCGUAUUCUAUUGUAUAUGGUUGUCGAUGUUUUCUGUUUUUUUAGCUUCCCUUUUUUUUAUCAUCACGAUAGGAGAAACGGUUGUAAGCUAACGAAAAAAAGACACCAUUGUUUUCUGUAUUUAACUCUAUUACGCCUAGGGGUGACUUAAAAGGAAUUUCUCUGUAUAUAUCGACUCAUUUUCAACCGGAGGGUUAAUGAGGUGAAAAAAAAAACAAAAUAUAAUUUAAGGGAUAUUGUUUGAUUUUGCCUCAAAUUCUCAGAAAUAAAUUUUUUAGGAAAUAAACGAAACGGUUGUUCACUUAAACCAGAAGGCAGGGAUGCCGAAGAGCAAGUGAAAGCGGCUGUAACGGGGGCUUAAUUCUUUGGGUUUGUUAAUUGCUCCCUUCCUUGCUCCAAGUGUAUUUUAAACACCCACAAGCCAUAUUUAAAUUAGCUUUUGCUGCGUAUUUCCCACAGACGAGUUCAAAAUCAGUAAUGUUACCUGCAUAAUUAAACAAAAUGCAUUUUUUUUGUUAUUUUUUGUUAUUCAGGUAACGCAGCCUACUUAGUGCUUCAUAUAGGCUUUGAGGAAAUCGAAAAUCGCACAGCCCUUGACAGCUCAGAGCAUAAGAACAAUGCCAUUCUUAGUCCAGAGGUGCGCCUCUCCGUGACCGAGUCCAAAUGUGGCUCUGCCCUGAGCAUGCGCGGUGGACGCUUAGUUUUCACCCAUUUCAACAGUCGUCCACGUGAGGCGAUAACAAUCACUUUGUGGCUUAAACUAGACUCAGUCUCGGGAACAGCCACUUUGUUCAGGACGACGGGGUCUGGAGCUAAGUACAACCUACAGUACCGCGAAGGCAAUAUUCAUUGGUCUCACGUAGAUGACUUAGGGCACAUAAUAUUUAGCAUGGCAACAAGGCAGACGGUAGACUCGCUAGAUUGGGUGCAUCUCAGUGUUACUUAUGACGCACACAUCAACAUGAGCAAGAUUAUUUUGAACGGAGCCGUUCUGGACGAAAAAGAAGGCCAUGGAUUGCUAUCGCAAAAUUGGGACGGCGACGUCGGGAUCGGAAUUCCCGAAGGGAUAAGAGGACUUAUGGACGAAUUUUAUAUGUACAAUCAUGCGCUUGCCGUGUCCGAUUUAAUUGAUCUGUCGGAGGAAUGCAAUCCUGGAGCAGGUAUUAAACAUACUUAUUGUGCAACUUUGUGAAAGGUUGUUUUCUGUUUUCUUACAAAAUGCCCAAAGAAAAACCAAGUAUUAUGUUCUUGGCAAGCUCGUUGAACAUGAUGCGUCAAAAAUCCUAAACAGUGAUUAAGGUAAUUAGACCUUUCGAGUCCACAGUUCUCGUGGUAACAUGAUUGUUUUUUGCUGCCAAUGACAACAGACCUAAGAUUGCUUUAUACUCCACUCUACUACAUGUACCGUUUGCUCAGGAAAUCAUCAAUCGUAAUCUUGAAUGAAGGCUUUUAGGGAUUUUUAUCUUAUGGUAUGAUAAAGCGAUGGGAAAAAUAUUAUGAGUACGAAACUAUAUGCAAAACAAUAAAAAUGAAUCAAUCUUUAUAUACGACUUUGCAUACCUGUUGAAGGUUGUUAGGUUGUUAAAGUUUGGCUAAUUGCACUGUGUGACCUUCGUUCAGGUGGGGCUAUUCCUCUUAAGGAAGGAAGCUACGAUGGUCUCAUACCUGACGACAUGAUUCAAGGUGCAAUAUUACAGCUGCAUCCAAACGCUUCAACGACAAAAAAGCCGAAAGCUGCCAUAACAACUCAUACCACUGCCAGCACAUCACCUACAACAAGACCAACAACGCGGCCCACUACGCCUACCACAAGGCCGCCCACAACAACAUCAACAACAACCGCGCCUACAACUAAACCCGCAGCAAAUGCCAGGACGACACCAUAUAAGCCAACUCUUCAGGUGCCGUCUAGCGCUUCCCUUUCUAAAAAGACUGGCUCGGGUAUUAUUCCGUCCACAAUCACCUUACAUGACGAGCCUAACUGCCAGCAAGGGAUGUUUUAUGAUAGCAGCGAGUUACGAGGUGGCAUGGAUGCGGGCUUAUUCAUAGACCUGGGGCGAGUGAAAGGCUCAACAAGUUGUUUGAAAUUCUGUUGUGAAAUUGAGUCAUGUGACCUGGUUUUCAUGACGCGCGACAGCUGUUAUGCCGUGGACUGUUACAAUAACAAAUUGUGCGAGCCUGUGCCAGCGGACUCUUACAGGAGUGACAUGCCCAGCGUCCAUUAUGUCACCAGGAGUGGGAAGUCAGUUCUAGAUGAAAGUGAGUACAUUAUCGUGGAAUUUAUAAAUUUUCCUCGUUAACAAAUAUACCUCUGAGUAGCGUAGUCUUAAUGAAAGAGCUGGAAGGACUGUUGCGUUUCAAGAGAGGAUAUUUAUGUCGUUGAUGAGUUUUCAAGAUAAUGUAACCACAUUACAGUUUGUGGUAUCAUUACAUUAAAUGAAGUAAGAAAUUAGACCAAUAAUUGCCUUAAUGCACGAUAGUGUUAACUAACCAACUGAAUCGUAAUCUUCCGCAAAUAGUGAUAAGUUUUGAUGUAAUCUAGUAGUAAACUGUUUUGCUUCUUGUUAUAUACAUUUUCUCUUUUAACGAAACAUUUGCCUUUACUCCUUGAUUACUUCACAGAGUUAAGAAAGUUAGAGCACCGACCAACAACUCCCCCAACUAUCCAACUGCCAACCUUUCCACCGACACCCUACAGAACAAUAGCAAAUGAUAUGUUCCUUCCAUACAAAGAAAUCUCUACGCGUCCAACAUUUGCUCCGUCAAACACAAAACGUUUCUGUGCCCAAGGAAUGUUCUUCUACAACGUGAAACUUCGAGACGGCUGGAACGCCGGAAUGCUGCUUCAAGUUUCUAGGGUACGGAGCAUGGAGAAGUGCAUCCAGGUUUGUUGUGAUGAGCCUGCGUGCGACUUUGUGAUGCUGAAACAAGGGAGGUGUUACAGUGUGCGGUGUAAGGGUGGUGAUACUUGUACGGUAGAGGAAGGAGGAGAAUAUCAAAUUUCGUUUGUGAGCAGACAAGGUGAGAAAUGAGCCAGUUCCUAAAAACUUUGGUGAUUCACUGUAUUUUGUGAUCUUUUUUACCUGCUCAUAGAUUUCUCGUAUUUUUAGUGGUACAUGGGCCCAACUGGUAUAUUAAAAAUCGUUUGAUUUGUAGGGUUUUUUUUUCGGUCUUCGCAAAUACAAUUAAAUCAAACACGUAAAUUUUGUACCACGUAAACCUGAUAGCAUCGUUGUACUAAUUCAUAAAACAGAUAUGGUCGAAGACGAAACACAAUCCACACCGACCCCUACCCCACUACCUCUCAGUCCUUUAGGAGGAAAAAUGGACGAGCUGCCAGGUAGUCAUCUUCGUUAUCUGUCGCUGUACCUUGGUUUUGAUCACGUGAUUGGUUCUGUGGCGGUGGACGGAUCUGGCCUAAACAAUGACGCAAGAUUAACGAGAGGUAAUUUAACAUGGAGACAAUUUUAAAGUAAUUGCUAGAUCUUUGGGAGAAACAGACGAUUUUUACCUCUCAAUAUUUAGUGUCGUCACAAUUUUCAGAAUCGAGUACUUUUUAUUCGUUUAUGAUUUAAAUUAGGAUAGCUAUCGAUAACGUUAUUGAUUGAAUGGGUUUUUUAAUAUUUAUUUAUUUUUAUUUUUUAUUAUUAUUUUUUUUAUGCUGCAGGCACCGAAGUUGCAAGACCUGGUGAGCGAGGAGUAGCAAUCGAAUUGAACGGUGGCGAUGUACUUCUCGAUGGUGAACACUUUCGGGAGAAACCACGCGAAGCCGUCACCAUUGCCUUAUGGUUAAAACUGUGGAGAACCGGUGGAGUUCAUUCCAUUUUUGACACAAUCGGUGGACAUUCUAUUCACAGCAAAGGACAGUACCACUUUGAGGUGUACGAUGGGCGAUUGAGGUGGUUCCAUCGUAAUGAAUACGCUAAGGAAGUCUUCAAUGUCAGGACUUCGCCAGUUCUGCAGCCAAAUCUGUGGUACCACGUAGUAGGCACUUACGAUUCGCGCACGCACAUGGCCAAAGUCUUUAUCAAUGGUGACUUGGUAGGAGAGGGUCGUGGCAGUGGUAUGCUCUCCCUAGAUUGGGAAGCUAAAGCAGGGUUUGGUUCACAUUCUGGGCGAAGGAUUUUACUCGGCUACCUUGAUGAGAUUUAUGUGUUUAGGCGGGCGGUUCUGGAGAAGGAAAUUGAUAGAUACUUGGAGAAUUCUAACAGUGACUCUCUCUUUCAUUCGGAAUCCAACUCUGCUCUCACGGAGACUUUCACUGAAAGUCCUUCUGAUGAUAGCUUUUCAGAUGUUAAUACAGACUCUGUUUGGUUUUCAAAACCAACAAGCCACUUAAGUAAUCUUCCCAUCCAGAGUACUUCUAACAACAACAUGAACUUCAUGGACCAAGCAAAAAACAAUAGUGCUUCAACACUUGGUACAACAACAGUUGUUGUCAGCGCCGCGAGAGAAAAAUCGGGAUCGGAAGAAACAUUGAAGAUGCCAGCAGUGACGUCACCGCAAACGACAGAUACAACUACAGAAACAACCACAUUAUCAACGACGCCGCCAACCACGUUGAAAUCAACAACGAUGCUCAAAAUGACUGUGUCACCUCAUACAAUAGGCGGCACUCCACCAGAAAGACUCAAAACGUUGUGCAGAUUGGGAGAUGUUUAUAGAAAUAGAGAUCUUGUCGGUGGAUUAGGCGCAGGAAAUUUCACCGACAAAGGAAAGGUUGAUACCAUUGAGGAGUGUAUGAAAAUUUGCUGUGGAAUACGAGAUUGCUCUGUAGCUUACGUGGUGGAAAACAACUGCUUUGCCAUAACUUGUACGGAAAAGGAGCAAUGUAAAACGUUUAUCAAGAGCCCGUCGGAAAAUAGUCCUGUCAUUGGAUUUGUGAAUCGAAGCGGUCCGAAAGGUGAGUUACCCAGAGCCAUUUGUCGUGUCCGUAGAGGUAAAUAAAUUUUUUCGACGAAUAUCUUUUUUUUCGUUUGAUCUGUUUAUAAAGAGCAUCUAUGUGCUCUGAUAAAUCAUAUGUAUGCGAGGAAAGCAUCCAAGUGCUCGCCAGGCCGCUAUUGUUAAGUCUGUUUUUACCGUAUUAUGAAAGUUGGGUAUAAACUAUGGCCAUCGGCAAUUUUUCCUUACUUUAUACCUUGAAUGUCUUCUUCCAGAAUCAACUUCUCGUCCUUCUACGAAGAAGGAAAAUGAGAAUCUAGCUUCUCCAGUUGACGAUACACCAGUAGAACCAAAUGCAAAGUCAUUGGACGCCCCACAAGGUGAUAAAGAACCUGCCUUCAACUUGAUUGGCAUGCUUUCAACUAAGAAGCCCACUCUAAAUACGACACCUGAGCCCCCACUAUCGAGCUGUAACUAUGGCAGACUUUACCGCCACGUGACUUUAGUGGGCGGGCUCCGUGCUGGGGUUUUUACACGGCUAGCUGAGAAUACGGACAUGGACGAAUGCGCUCGGAAAUGCUGCGCCCGGAGGUCAUGUGAUGCUGCGAUCCUCAUGAGGUCCACGUGCUUUGGACUGCAGUGUUCCAGUUCAGAACUCUGUAGUACGAGGCCGUCACGUUUAAAGAACUUUUCUCUUCACAUAAUGUAUAUAUACAGAGGAGAAACCAACGGUAAGUCUCGCUCGGAUGUGUUGUAAUUAAGCUUUUCACUUGGAGUGAGAUGCACUCUGAGGCGAAAAUAAUAUAUUUUAUCGGAUUGCGCAAGGAGUAAGAAAGAUAACAAAAGUGUCUAGCUUUUAUUAUGGUUGACUUAUCCGUAAAUGUCAAAGAGCCACUUGCAACAAAUGAAUUUGUUUCUUUUCCUUCUCUAGCUCGGACUACGCCAACACAAACUUUCAAGACAACAGAACCAUCUUUAGAAGACCUUCUCGGAGAUGUGAAACCCACGCAAUCUGCUACAACUAUGUCAUCGCUGAACAACAUGCUCGGCUUUCCUCGCAUGGAAAACAAUCAUGAGACUUAUUCCAAGGCUUUUUCCGAGUGUUCUCAGGGACUGAUGAUUAACGAUGUAAUCUUAAAUGGUGGCAUGGGUGCUGGCGAAGUUUCUCAGUUUCCCCGCGUGAGUGAUAUACAGCUUUGUAUCGAGAAAUGUUGUUUGACUACAAAAUGCCAUUUGGCUUAUGUCAUACAAGCGGUAUGCUACACCGUAAAUUGCUUCAGCCGUGAUCUCUGUCGAACGAGACCUAUCGAGGACACGGCGGUCCACUCAGUGAUCGCUUACAUCAAAAGGAAUGGCCUAGCGAUGUUUAGCAGCGCCAACGAAGCGAGCGUGAUGCAGCUCGGGAACGCGAGCAUUGCCUCACCUGAAGGUAAACCAAGUCCUACCGCCAGUGCAGUUGGAGCUUCUCAGAACAACAUGAUCUGCCAGAAAGACAGAACGUUUUACAACGUACAACUCAAGGGAGGUCGGAGCGCGGGUCAAUUCACCGAGAGAGGCCAGGUAAUGGAUAUCAGUCAGUGCAUAGGGAUCUGCUGCGAGGAAAGAUCAUGUGACUUGGCCUACAUGGAGGGUCAGCGAUGUUACACGGUGAAAUGCAACAGUCAAGACACGUGCAAGCUUAUCGAAGCUAGUCCUCUCGCGGUCAAGACUGUCUUGGGCUACGUCAAUAGGCUGAAAGACAAUAAUGUUUUGCAAGGUAAGAUAUACAAUUCAAUUCCUCAAAAAUGUGUUGAUAGUUUUUCUUUAUCAUAAUUUUCAUGUUCAAUCAGAGUGAGAUGUAAAAAUAGUCAAAAGACUUGUAAUGCGUACUUCAAGAGAGCAGGCGACAGGAAACUUUAUAGCCUACUAUUUAAUUUCUUUCGACAGUCACUCCAAGGCCGACUGAGCCGGCCACGGCAAGGUUACAAAGUACGGUUGUUAAGAAUGUUGAUGAAAAUGGUAGUCACCACAAAGAAGACGACAAACAGGAUGCCUCGAAACCGUAUCAUGUACUGAAAAAGAAAUUACAUAAACACAAUCAACAUCAUCGUCAUCAUCAUCAUCAAGGUAGGACAACAACGAUCUCACAACUACUCUUUUUCUAAAGAAAAUAAAUAGGAAAACUAAGCUUAACAGUUCAUUUAUUGCUAUUCGUUGUUCUUUUUGUAGGUGAGCAGAAGUGUCCCACCAAAAGAUACGGCUGCCAGCAUCAUUGUAUUCAUCUCCCGGAUGGAGGUCAUCGUUGCAUCUGUCGCCAUGGUUACAGUUUGGCGCAAAACGGAAGACAUUGCGAAGGUAAAAGUUACAAAACAUGUCAUUAUCAGCAAAUCAUAUGUCCUAAGUACAUCUUGUGAUCGUUGAAAAGAAAACUUUGAUUUACUCCUUUCAAUUUUAGAAUUCACGAGAAUGUCGAAAAUAGAAUCCUGUUCCAGCCAAUUUGGAGUCAAGCGAGCAUCAAUGCGAUACUCGACUGCCUAACUUUUUUGGAACUCUUAUUAAAGCCUAACAUGCCAUCAAUAGAUAUUUAAUAUAAACUGCCCCUACUGAAAUGAAGUAACAAUGAUAAUCCAUCUAACGAAUGCAAUUCGUUGAGGAGUAACGCCAUAUGUUUCACAUUUUUCACAGACGUAGACGAAUGUACCGAUAACACGCAUGGCUGUGAGCAUGAAUGCAUAAAUUAUGAGGGCAGUUACCUGUGUGAGUGCCACAGUGGAUUUAUGCUGAACAGAGACUCGAAACAUUGUGACGGUAAAUAACUUUGACUAACAUGUAACGUGCUUUAAAGAUUCAGAAAUGACAUCAAGAUCGUAGAGAUCGUUCAGCGUGAACUCUUCUCUGGUCUCAAAGCAAAUUUCCAAAAGUUUGCAUGACAUAAACCGCUCAACUUGCUGGUUUUUGCUUUAUUUUAUUAACGCCUUUUUAUUUCCCAUUCCAGACCUCGAUGAAUGUACCAUGGGUGUCCACAGCUGUGAGCAAUCAUGCCACAACACUCCUGGAAGCUACAGCUGCUCCUGCGAAGAAGGGUUUCAACUCCGUGCAGACAAACGACACUGUAUAGGUAUGUCUAUUGGGCGUUGCGGUUCUCACGCUCAUUUCUCAUUUCUCGGUUCUCUGUUCUCGGUUUUCAGUUCUCGGUUCUCGGUCCUCGUUUCUCAUUUUUACUUCCCACUUCUCAGUUUUCACUUCUCACUUCUUAUUUCUCAUUUUCCUUUUUUUUUUUAAUUCUUAUUCAUUAUUUCACUAUUUCUCAUCUAAUCAUUGGCGCUAAUUUUGCACGUGUCUUUUUUUUCCCAGAAAUCACAGAAACGGGAUCCAAGAAAGAUCAAGAUUAUGCAGCUUUCUCCGGACUAGAAAGUAAAUGAUAAAUUUUCCUUUUAUCAAGUUUUAUAUCCAGAUCCCUCUUUUUUAUGGCCAAUAUUAAAAAUUAUUUUGUUUCUACUUUUUAACCCCUUAGUCCCAACAGCAAUAACACAGUCACCUAAGGAUCUCAGAAUAACCCAGUUUGAAUCCGGGAUCUUUCACUGCAAGGCACGUGGCCACCCAGCGCCACAUAUCGCUUGGGCGUCAGGGUUUAAUGGUGACCAACCCAUCCCUGCUGAAGAUAGGUUCAAAAUUCUACCCACCGGCUCCUUGGUGAUUAGUCAAGUCAAUUUCACUGAUCAAGGGAUGUACCGAUGUGUAGCGUCCAACCCCGCUGGGAGUGCUACGGCAGCAGCUAGUCUUACUGUGAAAGGUAAGAGUAAAUAUCGUAUAUUUUUCCCCGAAUCUGCCGGAUAUGAUAAUAAGGUUGUAUCGUGCUCAGCCGUUUUCACUUGUUCGGUUGUUUACUUUAUUGUUUUUUGUUUUUCUCUUUUUGGUGAAUUGUAUUGUCACUUUGUAUUGUGCGCUUCGGCCGGGCCUGGUGAUGAAGGCUCUACGCAUUUAAUUAAUAGGUGGCCUGGCCCUUCAGGCUUUUUUUCGUCCUUUUGAAGUCAUAAUGAAGUCCUUUGGAACAAAAAAAAUAAUUCUCCUUUAGCGGGAGAAACAAGUUUUUUAAACUAAAUAGGACAUUGUAAAGUAUUGUCAUUUCAGCAUUUGUAAUUUUCCAUGUCUUUCUUUUAGACUUUGACGAAUGCAAAGCCCGCAGUCAUGACUGUCAGCAAUCUUGUGUUAAUACUCAAGGUAGCUUUAGAUGCGAAUGUCAUUCCGGAUUUAUGUUGCAAAGGGACAGAAAAAGCUGUGAAGGUAUUGUAACGUUAUACCACAAAGUAUAACAAAAGGGAUAUAAAAAAUAACUAAAGCCCAAAAUAUUCCGUGUACAUAGUGUGACUUUAAGAUUAAGAGGUCGAUUUUUUUGAGCUUUUACUCAUUCGAUAUAUAGCAAACUAAAUAUGGUAUUAAGAUAAAUAUAGACUUGGUUAAUGAGAUAGUUGAUAUUUCUUAUGUCAAUGAAGUCACAAAAAUAUAUAUUUCCCAUUUCUCCACCCAUCCUUUAAAAGGCUGACAUGUUUAUCAUUCUUACUCUCCUUCAAAUAAUCAUUUUUCAUUUUUAUUUAAAAUAGUUCAAGCGAUUGUUCUACUUUGUUUAACGAUCAUUCAUGCGUCUUUUUCCAAUGCCUUCUUUUUCCUUCAGAUGUUGACGAGUGCAAUGUUGGAAGCCAUUUUUGUGAUGACGUUUGUCAGAAUACCCAGGGUAGUUUCACCUGUCACUGCAGGUCAGGAUACAGACUGAUGGCGGACCUCAGAACUUGCUUUGGUAUUACAACCGUUUCUGUAAUAACCUGAUAUUUAUUCUAGUUAUUCUCUGUCUAUAAAAAACAAGGUCAAGUUUGGUAUAGACCCACUUGGCUCUUCCGGCCUUAGCUUAACUUGGUUUCCAUGGCAAUUUCUACUUCCCUUAGCUGAGUAAUUUUUUUUUUGGGGGGGGGGAAACAAUGGGCUCGUUUGGUGAUGUUCUAAUUUUACAUGGAUUUUUUUUUCUUUUUUUCUGCAGAUAUUGAUGAAUGCACAGAGGCCGGUCAUGGCUGUUCUCAGCUGUGUAACAACACUCUUGGUAGUUAUAACUGUUUCUGUUUGAAAGGCUACUUGCUGGAAAAGGACAACAAAACAUGUGUUGGUAAGUUUAGUUCCAAAAGUAGAAGCCUUUUUUUUUUUACCUUGGGCUCAUUUGCGUGACUUUUGUGAUUCCUUGAUAAGAUUUAUGAGUUAAUUGAUGCAAAGGUUUUUGAUGAGGGAUCAAGUCAAUACACAAACUAAACUCCCCAAAUAAAUUCUCCUCUAUCUGCUUGUUUUCAGUCGAAUACCAACCAUGACAAAUAAAUUAGUCAAAUUAAUGGUUCCUUGUGGUUUAUUGUAAACUUCAAUGUGGUGAUUUUGUAUCAAAUUGGAUCAAACUGAUGAAAAUUGACAGUUUCUGCAAAAAAAAUUGUAGGCCUUAAAAUGUCUUAGUUGUGGUCUACUUACAUGAAACGAUAUCUCCUUAAAUUUGUAAAUUAACUUUCACUUAAUUUUGUGUCGUAAUCUACCAGAAGAAUACUUAACAUUCUCCUAAAAGAAAAGAAACCUAGUCUGUUCUUGUUGCUUACUUAAAAUCAUCAUAUUUUCUUUUAGAUAAACACGUUCUGUUGGACACUUCCAAACCAACCACGCUCUCAGCUGGUAUGGGCGCGUUCGUGGCAGUCGCAGGCGUGAGCGUGUUCAUCGUGAUUGGUACAGUGAUGUGUAUUAUACGCUACAGAAGGCGAGCAAGGCUCAGAGGCCUUGAAACGGCGGAGGUGAGCGUAAACUUAAUCUUUUCGCUGUUGAAGAAGUUUUCAUUUGAGUGGUGGUGAUAGUCGAGGAUUACAUUGGUGUUUCUUCGCUAGGUCUGUAAUUAACCUAAACACAUUACGCCACACCCUUGACGUAUAAGAUUUAAAACUGAAACAAUCGCAACCUGGUUACUCACGCUUUCUCACGCUCUCUCACGCUUUCUCACGCUUUAGGCCACUAAGUUAUACUUAGACUGAGUUCUCGUUUCUUUAAGAGACACGUGCACACUGUUUCUCCGAGUUUGCUUUUGAGAGCUCAGUGGAAAAUCCCUCUAUAUUUCUUCAAUUUUCCGGCCUUGUCACUCGAAAAGGCCGUCAGAUAAAAUAUUCUGUUUGAAACCCUACAACCCCUCUAAGUAUUCCUUUUUGUCGCCAUCUCUUCAUGUGCACUUAUAUCAUUCAAAAGUAUUUCCGAAAAAAAGUAUUUGAUGAAUCACCGUGGCAAAAUCUUGUCUUUCUAAGGUCUUUUUCACUAUUUACUCUGGUUGUUGUCGUUGUUGUUGUUGUUGUUGUUGUUGACUUCGUCGUCGUUAUUGUCGUUGUUGUUUCUUUGUUGCCAAUUGGUUACUUAUAUAGUUCGUUCGUGUUUGAUCACCUUACUGAAUUAAUUUCUGCUUCUGUUUAGGGAGAAAAGAAGUCUUUGUUUUCUUGGUUGGAAUAAAAGGGAACUUCUCAUACAUCAAAGAACGCAACAAAUACCUGUUUCCUCUUGAAAAAACGGAGUGAAAUUCAAGAGUAGUGGAUGUGUUUAAUCCCAAAAGAUGCUCUAUUUUUUAUAGAAUCAGAACUUUUAUAUUUAUUUUUAUAGCGAGAGUCAAGUUUUUUUUUUAAUAAACUGUAUAAAAACAGAGAUGAGCAUUUGUUGCGGUACCAAAUUAAAUACUUGUUUUAUUGUAUAUCAUAAACUCAUGAAGCUCUCAAAUGUUGUAAAGAACACUAUAUUUGUCAUAUAUUUUUGCUCCUGUAUGAAGCUUUUUUGUAUCAUCG